AUGAUCGAAUACUCGGAGUCAUGGCUGAUUCUCACUCUCCUCCGGUGGAAAGGCUCCGUUUUCCCUCGAUCCUGCUACUUUGCCAUACCUGCAGCUAUCCUCACUGCGGUUUUAGUCAAGGUAGAAGAAACAACCCGAGUGCAGUUUCGAGAGGAGCUGGGGCUGUUGGAUGCCAACAGAAGUCAGCUAUGGAUAAUCUCUGUGGGUGUGCUGCAUGCUUUGCUCAUCUUCAGGAUCAACAGGGCUAUGGAACGCUUUUGGGAAGGUACUGGAUUGCUCCACCAGAUGCGUGGCGAGUGGUUUGAUGCUGUGAGUUGCUGCGUAACCUUCACCCGUGGCUCUAUAGCAACCAGGUACGAAGACACCAUGAAGUUCCGACACACCAUCGUGCGUCUGAUGAGUCUUUGUCAUGGAAGUGCUUUAGGAGAGAUUGGAGGUGAAGACUCUGAUUUCUGCGAGACCAUUGAUGCGGCUGGCUUGAGCGAUCUGACCCAGCACCACUUAACGGAGUGUGCGGAGGUUCUCCACUUCAAUCGUGUUGAGGUGCUGCUUCACAUGAUCCAGUCGUUGAUUACACACAACCUCGACAACGGGGUUUUGAGAGUCCAACCUCCAAUUCUCUCGCGCGUGUACCAGACGCUCUCCAGAGGGUUUGUGAAUCUCUUGAAUGCAAAGAAGAUUGCAGACACCAGAUUCCCCUUUCCAUUUUCGCAGCUCAUCAGCGGCCUCUUGUUGGUACACGUUGUUAUGCUUCCAAUCUUGCUCUCGGCCGUGAUUGCAGAAGUGUGGCUGGCGACCACUUUGACGUUCAUUCCCAUUUUUUCCAUGUGCUGCCUGAACUACAUCGGAGUUGAGCUGGAGAACCCGUUUGGACGGGAUGACAAUGACUUGCCCUUGAAGCAUUUCCAAGCUGAGAUGAACAACUGCUUGCUGAUGCUGCUGCAUCACUCAGCCGAUUUUAUGGCUGGUGUCAGCAAGCAGCGCUGCAUCGUGGACAUCCACGACAUUCGGGAGGCGAUGCGGGUGACUUCGAUGGAAAGCUGGCUACAAGAAACGAUUGCAAAGGCCGCUACAAGUUCCACCGAUGCCCCUGCAAAGGGCAGUGAGGUGCUCCACGAGGAUUCGACGGACUCUGCAACGAUUUCAGACUUUGAGGUUGACGCUUAUGGUGGUCACGUCAUCGAGAAGGUGCACCCCAUCUUCCCUGGGGCCAGAAGAGAUGAGGAGAAGCUGCAAUCAACAACUCUGCUUCAAGGUAUAGACCAGGUAGUUGCAGCCCUGAUGGGCAUCAGACAGGCCAUCGAGGUCCAGUCAGAAGAUGUUGGGCGGAGCAUUGACACCUUUGCAGCCUUGGCGGUCAACUUGAGGAAAGGCGGAGAAAUGGGUGAUGACCACGUCCUGGAGGAUGACGAGUCACAUGAUGCGGGCUUCACCCUGGCUUGGGACUGCGGGAUCCCUUUGCACGAAGCCCUAGGAUGA